AGAGUCUCCACGCGCUUCCACACGCGCAUUCUCUCUUCCGCCUCCUCAGCAGUCUCCUAGAUCCCAACAGAAUAACAGACUCCAAAACCCCAAAAAUAAAAUCCCCAAAUCCCAAGCCCUAGACAGAAUUGUACUUAGUUCUUCUAUUGCUUUUACAGGGAAACUGGAGAACUAACUAGAGAGAGGGAGAGGGAGGUUCCGAUUCCGUCGCCGGAAAUGGCGUCGUCUAAAGUUAUGGCAUCUUCGACUUCGCGAAAAUCGGAUCUCUCACGUCGGUCUUCUACGGGUUCCUCUUCUACAAAACCUGCGUCUGUAUCUGAUCGGAACAAUAGCAGCAGCAGGUUGAGCUCGAGUUCCAAAAUGACAGUGGACGGCAUCUUGAGGAAUGUUUAUAGUACGACGCCGACCACUGAGACGACGCUUGUGGAUGCGUCCAUCACGCUUAUUGAUACUCCGACUACGGUGCCGAAUGCUAAUACGGAAGCCGGUCAGGAACCGAAUGUGGAUUUUGUGGAUAAUAAUGAAGGAAAUGUGGCAAAGACUGUGGAUGAUAUGUGGAGGGAGAUGGUUUCCGGAGUGAGGAGAGAUGUGACGAUGAAGGAGGAGGCGCCGGACGAGAUGAUAACGCUUGAGGAGUUUCUUGCGAGGAAUGAAGGAGUGGACGACGAUGAUGCAGAUGCGAAGGUGCAGCCGGAGAGGCUAAGUGGAGGGGUCUACACUUUUGAUCCGGUAACACCAAACGCCUUCCAACUACUGGAUAAGGUGGAGGGGUCCAUAGUUGGGUUGGGUAAUGGAGAAGAGGUGAUUGGUGGUACAGUUGGAGGGAGGGGAAAGAGAGGGAGAGGAGUUACGAUGGAGCCUCUGGAUAAGGCUGCUCAGCAGCGACAAAGGAGGAUGAUCAAGAAUAGGGAGUCGGCUGCCAGGUCUAGGGAAAGGAAGCAGGCUUACCAAAUUGAAUUGGAGUCACUGGCUCUGAGACUGGGGGAGGAGAAUGAGCAGCUGUUGAAAGAGAAGGUUGAAAGGACUAAGGAAAGGUUUAAGCAGCUCAUGGAAAAAGUGGUACCUGUUGUUGAGCAACGAAGGCCACCACGAAGACUUAGUAGAAAUAAUUCUUUCUAAUGGUAGACUUAGAUCUUUUUUGAGGUAUCUGAUGGGGAGAGACUUAAUCUGACGGGAGAAAAUGAGGGGUAACAAAAAGUGGGGCACCAACACCGUGAAGUUUAUCUUAGUUUGUAGGUAAUCAAUUAAGACAACAUAACCAAAAUUAAAAGUGAUUGCAAGUUGCACCACCAAUCAUGAAUAGUCGAAAGAGGAUGCACAAAAGAGAGAAUGACAGGAUGCGUAAGUUGAUUGUGCGUAGCUCCUGAAAAUGUCACUGCAAGCCUUGGUUACCCCUUGCUGCUGAAUUGUUAGAUCAACAAAAAAAUUUCUGUGUAUAUGCAUGUUUUCACAACUACAGGAGCCCUUUAAGAAAAUCUAGAUUGGUGAGUAGUGCUCUCUUUAUAUUAAUUAGGACCUUUUAGCUGCCUCCUCCCCCUAAUGCUUUUGAGUAAUGUAGUCCUUGAUUACUUUUAGGAAAUUCUCUUUAUGCUGGAAUGGUCCAAUUAUUAUUUUAUUUUUUGUUUGUUGCAUCAAAAGUUUACUCCUUAGAGUUGAGUUGCAAAGGUUUAAAGUUUUAAUACAUGACGUUAACCUCAAAUCAAGGUUUUGAGUUGCAUCUAUCAAAUAAAAAAAAGAAAGAAAGGGUUUUUGAGUUGCAGAUGCAAGAAGUCCUUUGAUAUAUCUUGUUCCAGAUGAUCUUUGGUUGUAUUUUGCUUCGUGCUCUCUUCUAGGUACACUUGUCAGUGUUAUUUCGUCUUUUGAUCUUUGUCAUUUCAUUGUUAUUACCGUAACGUUUUAGCAGUUGGCCCACAUCGAAGGUUGCAAAUUGUGGCAAGGCUGUUGCAUAGGUUGGUGUCCGUCUGCACCCAGUAUGUCU